UUUCAUAUUUUACAGGCUUGUAAGAAUAAUUAAUUGUCAGAAUUCGUUACGACUUGGCUCGGCUGACCAGUUGCUGCCCGUUGCCCGUCGCCCACUUGUAGCGGCUACCUAGUCAUGCCCUUGUUUCCCUCCCCCCAGAACUUGAUCCCGAUCGUUCCUAUUAUCAGGGCGCUAAUCCUGUACGAUUUGUACACGAUCGCCAGAUUGCUGCUACGAGUCGUGCGACGAGUUCGACCCCCCCGUUAAUACCUGCUCACACUCCGCCCAUUCCGGUCGGCGAUGGCUUAGCAGAAAAUGCCACAGGCGAUCGGUUGCGCCCGCGCGGUUUUGGCCAACCCAUGCAUUUGCUUCCAAGCUUUCGUUGCCUGCGUCCUUGUCGUGCGUGCGCCAUUCCUCGCCGCCAUUUGCCCAUACACACAACACGGCCACACCCACAUCCGACGCUCACCCACACAGCCCGAUCCGGAUGCCCAUGCAUCCAUGUCGAUUGGCGAUCUUGUCCUGUCCAUUGUCAUCCUACACAUUCGGGCUGUUUUCCUCACGCGCAUUCUACCUCCCACACCCACCCAUAUUGAAACAUCCACACACCCACACACAGGCGCGCGCACGCAGACACGCACACGCACACCCUCUCUCUCUUUCUCACCCACCCAUCUACACAUGCAUACAUUUCAUCUUAUAUUCCCAAGCAGAUCGAUAUGUCUGUCGUCCGUGGCUUGGCUACUGGUGGACUGAUCGCUUUUGUGUGCGCGCGCAUGGGCGCAAAUCGGGCUUCCUUGGUCAUCGGCGUGUUCUAUCUCCCCAUGUCCACGGUAGUUGGAG